AUGGCAACUGUUGCAAAGGCCUUGCAGUUGCAGCAGUCGGUGACCGUUACUGUUGCCGUUGAAAUCUGCUUUGCUGAAGCCAUCCUCUACUGCCUAACUGAGACUCUUGCGUGGUUUGAAUUUUACACAGCUGCACGAAGUCAAAGUCUGGCUCCUUGUACAACCUGUGGAAGACGUUUUGCACAAGAUGUUCUGCUGAGACAUGUUCCAAUAUGCAAGAAAGUCUUCAACAAGAAGCGCAAGCCCUUCAACUCUUUGAAACAGAGACUGCAGGGAACAGAAAUCACCACUGUGAGGAAGCAGCCCCCGCAAAAGAAAAAGCCAGGGAAGAAAUCUAACUGGAGGCAGCACCAUGAGGAUUUUAUUAAUGCUAUCCGAUCAGCCAAGCAAGUCACAAAAGCACUGAAGGAGGGUCACCCUCUGCCGCCUCCUCCCCCACCAAGCAUCAAUCCAGACUAUAUUCAGUGUCCGCACUGCUCACGAAGGUUUAAUGAGGCUGCAGCAGAGAGGCACAUCAAGUUCUGUGAAGAACAAGCUGCCCGCCGCGCCUUUGCUGCAAAGGCCACCGGACAGGCUUUGGGCAAGCAACCAGUGACUCAGAGAAAACCCCCAACCUUAAUGACUUCUGCGUUACCACUUCAGAAGAGAGUACAAGAAGAUGCCAAUACAAGCAAACCUAGGCCAGAGACCUCUCCAAGAAUACAGCAGAAAACCAGAAAAUCUUUGGGUGUAUCUACUGGAAAAAAAACUUCAGGAGAGUUUGGGUAA